UUCACAGCAUUUCAUCUUGACAAGGCACUAGUGAGAAAGUACAUGAGCCCACUCUUAAUUGGGGAGCUGGCACCAGAUCAGCCCAGCUUUGAGCCCAGUAAGAAUAAAAAGCUGGUAGAAGAUUUCCGUGAGCUCCGUGCAACUGUCGAGAAGAUGGGACUUCUCAACCCCAACCGCACCUUUUUCGUCCUGUAUCUCUGUCACAUCUUGGUGUUGGAUGUUGCAGCCUGGCUCACGAUCUGGUAUUUUGGAGCAUCUACAGUGCCUUUCCUCUUCUCUGCAGUGCUUCUAGGCACUGUCCAGGCCCAGGCUGGCUGGCUCCAGCAUGAUUUUGGACAUCUUUCAGUCUUUAGCAAGUCCAGAUGGAACCACUGGGUGCACAAGUUUGUGAUCGGCCAUCUGAAGGGAGCACCAGCCAGCUGGUGGAAUCACCUCCACUUCCAACACCAUGCUAAACCCAACUGCUUCCGAAAGGACCCUGAUGUUAACAUGCACCCCUUAUUUUUUGCUUUGGGAAAAACACUUUCUGUAGAGCUUGGUGUACAAAAGAAGAAAUUCAUGCCUUAUAACCACCAGCACAAGUACUUCUUCAUCAUUGGUCCCCCAGCUCUGGUGCCUCUUUACUUCCAGUGGUACAUAUUCUACUUUGUGGUACAGCGGAAACAGUGGGUGGACCUGGCCUGGAUGCUGACCUUCUAUGUCCGAUUCUUUCUCACCUACUUGCCCUUACUGGGGGUGAAGGGUGUCCUGGGGCUUCAUCUGUUAGUCAGGUUUAUAGAGAGUAACUGGUUUGUCUGGAUUACACAAAUGAAUCACAUCCCAAUGCACAUUGAUUAUGAUAAGAAUGUGGACUGGUUCUCUACCCAGCUCCAGGCAACCUGUAAUGUUCAUCAGUCCUUAUUCAACGACUGGUUUAGUGGACAUCUGAACUUCCAAAUUGAGCACCACCUUUUUCCUACAAUGCCUCGACACAACUACUGGAAGGUGGCCCCUUUGGUGAAGUCCCUGUGUGCCAAACAUGGUAUUGAGUACCAGUGCAAGCCAUUGCUCACCGCCUUUGCGGACAUCGUGCACUCUUUGAAAGAUUCAGGGGAGCUCUGGCUUGAUGCCUAUCUACAUAAAUAA